AUGGAGCAAUGCAAUUCCAAGAGAGUUUCUGGCGAUUCAAUCACACAACCUGAACCGGCGCAUCUGUCCGGCCACGGCGAGGAAGAAGCAGCGGAAGAAGAAGCAGAAGAAGACGAAGAAGGCAACGAACGAGAAGCGACAGAAUUGCGACCUACCAACAGAAGACCGGCGAGAAUCAUCUCUCCCGGUACAGACUCGGAGAAAUGGCACCAUCCGUUCCAAAAGUUCUGGAGACACCACGUGCAGGUGUCGGUGGCACAUGUCGACUGCAGAGAUCAUUUGGGUAAGUCACUUCGUAAGAAGCGUUCCCGAGAGUAUGAGUGUUGCUUUCUCGAGAGCCUGGGAGCCGUGUGAUCCAAAGCGCAGACUUUUGUCGUGUCUGCUAGGCGCCAAUCGUUGGUGAAGCGAGUCGGUGCCGGCGAGAGCACCCACCUUUGGGCCACGAUGGAACCCCGAGUACUGCGCCAGCAGGCUUCGUGCAUCCAUGCUACGUACGGCAUAAGGAUGAAAGAUUCGGAUUGAGACUUCCGCAACCCAGGCACCUGCUCUCGAAGCGACGUCGGUAUGCCCGCGUAGGGAUCAGCGACCUUGUACCGAAGCAACAGGAUGGAUUCGCAGCGCAGCCCGCUCCACAAUAUGCAUAGCGAUCGCGGAGCUUCUUCUCGAAGCACUGUCGGUAUGCCCGCGUACGGCCGCAGAGGACAGCGACCUUCUGUUGGAGUAUUAUUAAUCUAGUCUCGUUCGCAAGCACUUCGGUACAGUGUUCGGAAACGUGCGCUGAUCAGACACUUUCCAACAGCAAACGAACGCACCUUCCUCGGAUACGUUAGGACAUCCGUAGCCCUGUCGGUGACGGGCACCAUCAUGGCACAGCUCUGGCGACUGCAGCAUUCAACAUCACCGGAUCCUGUCUUCGGCUACUUCGCCGUGAGCAAGCCACUCUCCGCGAUACUGCAAGCCUCUGCGCUGGGCGUCACCCUUGUCGGCACGGCCCGGUACUUCAAACAGCAGUCAUUGAUGACAAAGGGUAGAAUCCAGGCGGGCGGCUGGGAAAUCCUUGUCAUCAUGAUCGGAGUCGGACUGGUAAGUUGCAUGAGAAGGUGCUGAAGGAUGUGCGCGAAGCUAAUUGCUUUUCCCGUGUCACAUAGCUGGUGCUCACGCUCCUUGUCGUACACGUCGGUAUCGCAAUUUUCAAAGACGUCCACCACGAGUGA